AUGGCAGAAAGUGCAGCAGUAGCAGAGACAGGAACAGUAUUGGAAAAACCAAACACUAACCCAGCACCAAAGAAUGAAGCCCCACCUAAACCAAACCAUCCAGAGCAAUCUUUGGACAAAAAGGGCGAAGACCAGAUUAAGCCAAACAAUGAAGAAAAAAAAGAUGUGGAUGUGCUCAACCCAGCCAAGGGAAUGGGAAGAAAGCAUAUAAAAUUGGGAGAGUCAGUAUACUACAUAGUAAGUGUAGAUGAAGUGAACAGAUACAUGGACCUCAAACAGGACUAUAAAUCAGAUACAAUGAAAGCAUUCAUAGUAUAUAUGCAUGAAGAAUUUGUAUCUGACCUAAAAACACUAAGAAAGAAAAGAAGUAUAAAAACCGCAGCAUGCCUUCUGGGCGUUCUGUUUGUGCUUAUAAUUCUGGCUCUUGUUGGUGUUAUGAUAUUUGCUAAGCAUUAGAUUGCAUUAUCGUAAUAAAUCUGCA